AUGGAUCCCUUGAUGAGAAAACGUGAGUCAGCAAGUCCCUCGGGGGGUCCAACACAGGACCCGGGAGAUGCAGAUGCUGCGUAUGAAACAGCCUUGAGUCAAGCUUUGCAUUGUAAUGAUGAAGCAGAUUCCGAAAGAAGGGUGCAAGAAGCAGCCCUGACCGAUUCGAGGAGUCCAAAGGAAGAAGCACCAGUGGAAGGGCUCGUUGCCAGUCCGUUCCAUUCCGACAAAGUGCAUGCUGAGGUGGAGUUGUUGCGGAAUAGGCCAGCUACGUUAGAUGGAGACGCGCAGCGUAUCUCAGAGAUCAACGAAACUGGUCUUGGCGACAGGAUUUCCGGGGCAUGUACAGGUGAGCCACAGUAUUUUGCGGACGAAGGUUCAAGGGAAGCUACAGUGCGUGUGGCGCGGCUUGAGGGGUUUCCUGAGGGACAAUCGGGCAGCGCAGCGCUUGCUGGAGAGAUCCAGGCCGGCAGGAGGGACGACGCUGAACCGUUGGCUGCGGGAUACGGAGUAGAGCGUGUUAGGCCCCACCCGUGUUCUGAAGGUCAAAGUGGGCUUAGUCCGGAACUGAGGAGUCCUGGACGUUGGAAGGGUGGUUUCCCUCAGCGGCUGGAAGAGGCGUAUCAGAUGAGACCCUUCCCAGGGGAUAGCAGGGAACUGGUUCCAGCAAUCGCCGACGGAACGUCUCGGUUGGAAGCGCUACUCUUGCAAGUGAUGGAAGAGAAUAGAUCCUUGCGAAUGCGCGUGGACCAGAUGGAGACCCAAUCGAGUUGGCAUAGCGGACGAACACAGGCCACACCGCCUGAGCUGGAAGCACAUAUGAGUUCGCCGGUUUCACUGAUGAGCAGGUAUCCGGUAUCUCCAGGAGGUACUGUGAUUCGACCUCCGCCGAUUCCACCGCCUCGGGAAGCUUGCCGGUCGCUUGCAGAAGCUGCAGUUCCAGGGGUUGGUGAUGCUAGGAUGCAAGCGCCAAAUACUGGGGUGAUAGGCAGCAGCGUGGGCGAGAGACCGGAAGAGCCGGCGAAAUACAUUUCGGAGCUGCCCAAGUUACCUGCGUUGGAUGUGAGUACUUCUGCGGUUGCCUGUGGCAAUUGGAUGGCGCAGCUUAGGCAGGUGUUUGCCGGGUUGAGUCCUAGUGCGUUGGUCUGGUAUCAAGCAGUGGAGAUGGCAGCUACGAAGUGUUACCAGCGAUGGCUGGUUGCUGAUCCUCUGGAUAGACUCAGCCUAGACCCAGGUGGAGUCGUCGCUGUGUUUGAUGAGGUGAAGUUUCAGAGGGUGGAGUCUAGGGCUGUAAGCCUUAUGUUGGCAGCUAUUCCACAGAGUCUGAGGGACGAGGCGGUGUCGAACAGGUGGUUGACUACUGCUUCGUUGUUGUUCAGGGUACAGUGCGUCUACCAACCGGGUGGGUCAUCCGAAAGAUCCACGUUGCUGCGUCAGCUUACUUUGCCGGAGACUGUUUCUACAGUCACAACUGCGGUAGCAAUGCUGCGGAAGUGGCAGCAGCAUUUCUACAGGGUUCGGGAGCUGGGAGCUUCUAUGCCAGAUCCGUCGCUGUUGUUGGCAGGAGUUGAUAAAGCAACUGCAGGACUGCUGGGGCAGCACCCGGCGUUGGGUUUUCGGGUGAACGCAUUUCGGCAUAGGGUGGCGUUGGAUUACAAUCCUACGGUUCCUACGGUGGUUCAGUUGGUAAGGUUAAUCCAAGCCGAGUGUGAAGCGCUUGCGUUGGGCCAAGAGGGCCAGGUGCCCGAUAAGAAAGCUAGGGCUGCAGCGGCCAGGGCGGAGGCUCAGAAUGAAGGCUCAGUGCCCAAGGCACCAGCAGUGCCUAAGGGCGGGGAGCUCUCAGGAAAUCCGGGGGCUCGGAAGUCGAAGCGUUGCCUGGCGUGUGGUCAAGAAGGUCAUUUUCGCCCUGACUGCCCCAUUGUAGCCCCUGCGAAUAGGCAGGUGGUUACCCCGGAUCCUUCCUCCCUUAAGGCUGGUGCCAAGCAAGGGUCCCCCAAGGCCAAGGUAACCCCACAAGCUAAGGGUAUCUCUGAGGAUAAUUCAGCAACGGGGCAAAGGACUGAGGGCUCGUCUGGUUCUGUAGGAACGGGGAAUGGGCAAUCGUCAGCACAGGAAGCUUUGUUUGCGGAAGCCGCGAAGCUGCUGAAGGGAGUUUCGCUCAAGCCUUUGCAGGUUCCAAGUGAAGGGGUGCUCAGCGGGUUUGGUAUUGAUCGGGGUUGGCUUAUGAGUGCUGUUGCCAAUGCUUCGGAUCCUCUCUAUGCUGUAGUUGACAGUGGAGCUACGAAUGCACUGCGACCUGCAGAUCCGGGUGAGGUGGCAGAGUCCCAAGUCAUCAGGGUUGAUCUGGCUAGUGGCGGUACGCAGUUGCACAUAAACAAGCAUGGGACUCUGCUGAGCGAAGCAGCAUGUCAAGUCAUUAUUCCUGCAGGGUACUUGGUUCAGCUAGGCUUCUCCAUUGUGUGGGGAAAGAAGGGUUGCACCAUUCGGCGUAAGGGAAGGAUUCCAUUGGAGGUAACGGUGGUGAAGGGUUGUCCCCUCAUUGACAGGGAGAUUGGGCUCCAGUUGCUUCGGGAAUAUGAGCAGUUAAGGGAACCGGGAGUCCUUAACCAAGUUGCAGGGGAUGACGCCUUGCCGGGCACCUUGGAUCCAGAAGGACAGCAGAAGUGGCGGGUCCCUGGCAUCUUGGUUGAAGUUGAGAAGGCCCGUGGCUCCAAUCUGCUAGCUAAGAACGUGUGGUGCUUGUUCCUGUACGCAGUGGCCCAAGCGGCAGCGGAUGGUCCCCCAAAUCCCAGUGAAGGGUUGGCAGAUGCAGGGUUGCUUGAGGGCUGUUCAGUAUUCCCGGAUGGGAUCACAGAUGCGGUAGAUUUGGCGAAGUGGGCCUUGAAAAGAGCCGCAGCGAAUUUGCAUACAAGGGAGACUGGUGGAUUCGGAACUCAGAUCGGUGGGCGUCGCGUCCUGUUCGGAUGGGAGCAUCCACGUGAUCCUGAGGAAUAUCUUGAAGGGGAGCAAGUGCCUGAGGGGGGUUGGACAUCCUUUUGCGCGUUUCCUGAGUGGAGCUACUUUCGGGACAUGUUUGGGGUUUAUGUUGCCCACUUUGACCAGGGGAAGCUUGGGCACGCUAGACCUAAGACGACUACGUUUGCGACAACUUCGUGGUGGCUCUAUGAGAAUUUGGAUCAGCACUUUCUGACCCCGUUGCAAAGGGCGGAGUUUGGGAAGGGGCCGAUUCUUCCUCAGUCUCGACUUAAAGAGGUACCGUACUGGGCAUCUUGGGCUCCAGGGCUUAGCCAUAUGGUGAGGUGUGCUUGGGGUCUCUGGUUCAGGGAACAGGAGAAGCAAUCUGACGUAGAAGAGCGUCGCGUCUUUCUAGCUCGGCUCACAGAGGCGGAGCGGAUUCAACGGCAUGAGCGGAACGAUCAUGUGCCUUUUAGACGCGGGUGUCCGGUCUGCUUGGGAGCUCAAGCGCGCCAACGCUCGCAUUGGGCUUCCUGCACCAACGUCCACUCCUUGUCAUGUGAUAUAGCAGGGCCGUUUAAGAAUGGACGCAGCUAUGAUCCGACUGCAUCUGGGAGGGAUCGGGGAGGAGGGUAUCGCUACUUUCUGGCUUUUGCCUUUACUGUUCCAAUCUUUCCGGUAGGUGCAGGGGUUGGGCUGAUCGAAGACCCUGCACGGAUGGCUUCGGUGUACUUAGACCCAGAGGGGAGUGAUGGCGUUGGGGGUGAGGACCUUCCUGGGUUGCUGCCGGUUUUCAGUCUCGGGUCUGAGUCGGGGUUAAAGGGGGCACCAGUAGUUGACAAGGUUACGCAUCGCAUACGUGAAAAAGGUCCUGAGCCUGCAGAUGUACCGGAUCCUCAGGGUGACGUUCCUCCUGCUGUACCAACUCGCACUUUGUUUAUGGGGGUUCCGCUGCGUACCAAGAAGGCCAAAGAAGUACUUCCUGCGGUGCAAGCUGUAGUCAACAAGUUAGAAGCCUUUGGGUUUCCUGUGCACAGAUACCAUGCAGAUCGGGCGCAGGAACUUAAAUCCAAGGCUCUAGUCAGCUGGUGUCGUGAUCGUGGCAUUCACCCUACUUGGACGCCUGGGGAGUCUCCUGCAGGCAACAAGGCCGAACUGGCGGUGCAGCAAUUAAAGGGGCUUACCCGCAAGUUGUUGCAUGUGGCAGGGUUGGAUUCGGAUUUUUGGCCGUUAGCGCUGCUUCAUGCUAGUCGCCGCCAUUGGGUCGCUCUUUGUCAGGACUUAGGAAUUGUUCAGCCGGUCUUGCUACCAUUUGGGUUGGAGCUACUGGCUCGUCAAAGGGCUCGAUCGGGGUAUGAGUCGCACUGGCGUUCGCGCACUGUAAAGGGGGUGUACUUGGGACAUGCCCCGGAUACACCGGGUGGGCAUUUGGUCUUGGUCACUGAGGAAGCCGGUGAUCGUAAAGUGUUGCUAACCAACUCCGUGUAUCCUUUGAGUCCUCGGCAGGUGGAUCCUGCCAAGCCUCGUUUUCGUUUGCGCGACAAAACGACUCCGCAUUUGGUAAAAACUUUAGUCUUCGCGGAUAGCCUCUCUCUGGCUCCGCCGGUGUCUGCCAGGGAUGUGGCCAGGUUGGCACCUGGGGGGGAGUGGGAUCAAAAUGAUUGGGAGUUCGAUGGAUCCGAGUGCGAUUUGGACUCAGUGUCAGAUUCGGGGGAGAGGCAUUUGAAGGAUCAAGGCGAGAAUCCGGGUCGGGAAUUUCGAGAUCUCUGGUCGGAAACGAUGGGAAUGUUGAAAACCUGGGACUCCGAAGAGGAACAGCGACCGUUGCUUGGGAAGGGUGUUAAGGAAAGCUCAGAGGUUACUGUGAUGCCUGGGGAGUUUCUUAGCACCUGCCAAGCAGAAGGGCGCUAUGAUUUCGCGAGCUGCCUGAAGGUACUGCGUGAGUGUGUAAAUGGGUUUCCACGUCCUAGGAGACCGGGCCUAGAAGGGGAUAGGGCGUAUGCAAUCCUGGGUUUGUACUCGCAUGGAGGAAUGAUUGGGGUAACAAGUUUUGCUCGGAAGAAUCCAGAACUCACUCAGUACCUGAAUGGCUUUGUGGAGCGUCAUUUUCCGGGCGGGAAUUGGACGACGUUGUAUCUGGCCCGCAACACGAUUGCUUCUAUCCAUAAAGACUCUCGAAACUUUAAGAGGUUGCCUGCGUGGAUUGUUGCCCUAGGGAGUUUUCAGGGUGGAGGUCUUUGGGUUGGCAGUGCCGAUGGAAAGGGUUCCAUUCUGAAAAGGCUGCCAGAUGGUAGUGUGAAGUCAGGGCAUGUGUUGGACAUCCAUGAAAGACCUCAGUUGUUCGACAGCCACAUGUGGCAUGAGCCUUGGGUAGGGACGGAUCGUUGGGUACUUGUUGCCUAUGUUCCGGGAAGACUUGAGGCUCUCGGUUCCGAGCAGCGUCAAGCUUUGGUUGAGCUGGGUUUCUCGGUAAAGGGCCUGUAUGGCUUGGGUACCGGGGAGGUAUCGGUUUCUCAGUGUAAGGCGAGCGUCUCAUCUGAAGCUUGCGACGAGGGGCAAGAUGCUGUCAGUGGGCCGGCCUGCUCAGAGUUUGCGAGUUCGUGGGAGGUUGAGCUUCCGUGUGAAAUUCUGGACCCGGGGCAGUUUGAGCAAGCAGUGUCAUUGCAUCAUCGGUAUGUAGAGUACUGCUCACGAAUUGCCGGGGAACUUGAUAGGGCAGUUGAAUGGGGCUGCGGGGGUCAGGUUUCCAAGUUGUUGAGGGUUGCGCGCUUGGAGUGUGGAUGGUUUGAAGGGGUACUCAAAAGAUGGAGCCCAGUCGAAGAAGUGCACACAAGCCUCAAGGGGUUAACCACGGACAUUCCACUAGGGGAGCAGGAACUAGAGGCAGCAGAAGUGUUCUUGCAGACUAGGACUGUGAGUCUGGAUGAGGCGCGUAAAGAGUUGGAGAAAUGGAAAGGCCCAGGCCAAGACGAAGUAACAGCGUUAGAGGAGACAACUGGGGCUGUAGAGCGUGUCACGGUUGAGCAGGUUGAAGAGUGGAUUCGGGCUGGUUACAAGGUUAUGCAGGUGCCUGGAAAGGCGGUGCUGACGAGAAAAGCUGGAGUAGGUAGGCGCCGGCUACGGGCAGUGUGCUGUGGAAACUAUUUGCCAGCGGAGUCCUUAGGUCUUGCCAAGUCUGAUUUGUACGCCGGAGGAGUAGAAGCGCUCACCGUGCGAGUCGUGCUGGUCUAUGUAGCGUCACGUCCUGACUGGUGUGGAUGCAUACUGGAUGUGAAAUGCGCGUUUCUAUAUGCUCCAGCGAGAUCGAUUCAGGAAGAUGCUGAGAAGCAAACCAUAAUAGUGGUGCGUCCACCGUAUCUGCUUGUCCAGCUUGGGCUGUUAGGUCCUCAGCACAGAUGGAAAAUCAUUCGCGCGCUGUACGGCUUGCAAACCAGUCCAAAGGACUGGGCUUUGUAUCGAGAUCAGGAGCUAAAGGGCCUGGAGGUUUCUUUUGAGGAUGAGGUGCUGACCCUAUUCCAAGGAAUUUCAGACGACAGUCUGUGGUUUGCAAAGAAUGCAACAGGGGAGGUCAGAGCUCUGGUGGUGGUAUAUGUAGACGACAUUGGUCUGUUUGGGCCUCGGUUGGUGCUUAGGGCGCUGGUUGAUAAAUUGAGGGAAAAGUGGAACACCUCGGAGCCAGUGUGGUCAAGUGACGAGACCCUCCUGAAUUUCUGCGGCGUUGAGUUGCAGCAGCUCAAAAUGGGCUGGAGGCUCACGCAACGGGCGUACCUUCAGGAGUUGCUUCAAAGGUAUGAGGUCGAAUCCACGGCAAGCGUGCCCAUCGCUCGGUGGACCCUCCGGAUGAGGAUUGUGGUAUCUCUGAUGUACGUAGGGCACAGGGCAUCGUUGGUGCUUUGUUAUGGGCUAUGA